AUGAAUAUUCUUUUUCUGCUAUGCUUGCUAUCGGCUAGCAUCGUACUUGGGAACCCGUUAGGGAAGCUCAGUCAGUUGCAUCCUUACGACGAUGAUACUAACCUUAAAAUAAUGAACGGUGAGAAGGAGAUGAUGGAUGAAGAAUUACUGCCACCACCUGAAGACAGCGAGGAAAUUCGUCCACCAUCGGAAGACUCGAACGAAUUACAUCCUCUGCCACCACCAGUUGGCUCCGACGAAGAGCAACCGCCUCGACCAGAUCAACAUCCACAUCCACCAGACAGUUCCAACGAAGAACGCCCGCCGAUAGGAGCAGGAGGAGGAGGAAAUGAACGGCCACCACCAGGAGAUAUUCGACCACCUACCGGGGGCCACCAACCACCUCACAACGACGAACGUCCUCCGCCAGGAGGAGGAAAUGAACGACCACCACCAGGAGGUAGUCGUCCACCUCCAGGAGAGAACCGACCACCUCCAGGAGAUAAUCACCCACCUCCGAACGAUCAACGUCCGCCGUCCGGAGGCAUCCGCCCUCCACAAGGCGAGGAUCGACCGCCGCAAGUAGAAGUUGGACACAGACCUCCACAGGGGCAUUGGGGGCAGCGACCCCCACAAGGAGGAAGUGGACUGCGUCCACCGCAUGGAAGCCAGCGACCACCUAGCGGAGGUAACAAACCGCGACCACCCUCGGGAGAUAGUGGCCAAGGACUACCACCGGGAGAAGUUGAUAAGCCAUGUAGCAAUGUAUGGGACUCCCAAAUUGUGAAUGUUAGUGUAAAUAUCCAUCUUUAG